CGGUUCUUCUGCUAUCGUUAUAAGCUCGAGUACGUAUGACUAGAGCGUUCAUUCAGUUGCCACCACGUCCAUCAUGCAUUGUCUAUCAACCGUGUUUUGCUGCGCGCUGUCGCUGAUCGUUGCUACCCAGGCUACAGAAACACUAUUAGAAUUUGGUGGUCAAUUGUUGAAAGACUGUGGUACCAAUUGGUCAUGCGUCAGACCAAGGCUGUUGAAGUAUGUAAGCGAAUCAGCACUUCAGGAUGAAUUUAGGCUUACACCUGACAUUAGCUUAAAACGAACUCAUGUCAGUCCAGACUACGAAGAAACCGCUAACCAGAUUCCCAAUGGAGGAGAAUAUAAAGAAGCCGUCAAAAAUAGUGCAACUCUUCGUAUGUUAGAUCAAGUUGAUGAUUACCUAAGCACUCACGAAUUAAAAGUUAACUUACCCGAAGAACUUGGAUCAACAAUAGGAGAUAUCAAAGUUCCAUUAGUUGAAGGACAAGUUGUUCAAGAAGGUCGAAGCCGGCAUUUUGUACGGAAGGUCGUCAUACCAUUCCUUUUGGGUCUUAAAUUCAAAGCAACAGUGGUAGUUCCUAUUGCUAUUGCUAUUAUUGCUCUCAAAACAUGGAAGGCCCUUACCUUAGGUCUGCUAUCAUUGGUACUAUCUGCUGCUAUGGUCAUCUACAGGUUUACUAAACCCAAAGUGGUUGGUGUUGAAAUUCUACACUAUCCAUCUCCAGUCCAUGCUCAUCAUCAUGAUGUAUACGCCCACGCCAGAGCAUACAGUGCUCAACAACCAGCAGAACAAUCAUAGAUACUGGCUGUAAAGUUUUGAUAUUAUCUAUUCAGACGAAAGAAGUGCUGUUAUUUAUUUGUAUUAUUUAGUAUUGCGAUAAUAAAAAUGAAGUAUUUAUUUAUUUAUUAAAAUUGAUUAUUAAAAUGAAAAA